GAAAUUAGAGAGCUUUUGAACAAAGAACUUCAAAGCGUGUUUGCAAUGGCAUCAAAAGCUUUCUUCAUCGCAGUGGCUGUUUUUGCCACAAUUUUUGCUCCAACAAUGGCUACUCAGUUUGUGGUUGGGGAUGAUAAAGGUUGGACGUUGGGCGUUGACUAUGCCAAGUGGGCUGAAGGCAAAGAAUUCCACGUUGGCGACAUGCUAAUGUUCAACUACCCACCGGGAAAGCACAACGUGUUAAAGGUAAACGGGACGGAUUUUAAACAGUGCACCAAACCAUUAGGAGCUGAGCCUCUCACCAGCGGAAGCGACAUGAUCACACUGGCGGCUCCCGGAAAGAAAUGGUACAUUUGUGGCGUCGCCAACCACUGCAACCAGGGUCCGAUGAAGCUUGUCAUUAAUGUUUGGCCGGAAGGUUAUUCGCCGACUCCCGCUCCACAACCCGGAUCCGCCUACGGAAUCACUGCUCCGUCACUGAUGAUUGCUGCUCUAGUUUCCAUGAUCGUUUGGAUCAUGAUUUAAAGCCUGCUUGAUUUGGAAUUUUUUGAAUAACAUUUUAUAGAUUUUGAUGGUUUAAUUUUGGACUUAGUAUGUUACGUUUUGGAAUAAAUCCGGAGAGUGUACGCCCUCAGUGCUCUCCAUUAAUUUGUUA